AUGAAGCAUCGACCACAUUGUAUCAUAUCAACUAUCUUAUUGCUCUCUCGGUGUGAGCCUGCGUCCUCGUUUCUCCUGAAGACUCGGAGCAGAAGCGAAUCCGACGGUUCCCCACCACCUGUCCUUCACAGUCUACAAUCCACUUUGGCAGACGUUUCUAGCGGUGCUGAUAGCAGCGCGAGGAUCCUUCCAUUGGACAGAACGACAAGCAAAGGAAUUCCCGUGAAUGAGUUUCCUUUCAGCGUGUCGAUAGCUGAGGAUCAGGACCCUUCUUUGUGGAUGCAACAAGCGGCACGGUUCUUGCGAGAACAUGGCGUUUGUGUCCUGACCCACGUCCAAUCCGGCUCUGUGAUCCAUCCUUCUCACUGCCAAGCCGCUGAGGAGGCAGCUUUGUCUCGGAUAUCUACUUUGAAGCAAUGGAUCGAAACCAAUCAUGGCAUUGACCCCAAUGGACGCGACGAUGGUCCCUUUAGAUUCCGAGAGGUGGUCAGUCGCGACAACAGUGGAGGUCGCUAUGACAUGUCUGUCCCCUGGAAGGGCGACCCGAAAAACAAUCAUGGUAUUCCACUGUCAAGUCAAGAAUCUAUGGCUAUCAAUCAGUUCCAUACCAGUCUGGAAGAAACAGUGCAACCAAUUCUGGAUCUUCUUUGGAGCAGCAACAGCAACAGCAGUAAUAAUGUGGCCACAGCCUCUGGAUUUCUCAUUAAUCAACCAGGAUCUACCGAUCAGACUUGGCACCGAGAUGGACCCGUGGCGGGAUGGAUCAAUGUCUUUGUCCCUCUGGUGGAUUUGACAAUCGACAUGGGACCAACCGAACGAGGACAAAUCUUACUGAUGGACUAUCGGACGUUUCAUCGUGGAUUGGGAAAUGCCUGUCCCAAAGGAACCACCCGCACAGUGGCCUAUGCCGUCUACAACCGAGGAGCAUCCGCCUCGCUUGGUGACAAGUUGUCCUACGGGCUCUUGCCACGAGCAUAUGCAUCCAUCGACACCAACGCUGCGUCGGAUACUCUGACAUGCCGCGGGGAAGACAUUCCAUUCCUUGUCAAAAUGGAACACAAACGACACAACGUUGGGAUCCAAAAAUCAGCUACGCUCCUCCAACGGGACGGUGUUUGUGUGCUUCAACAAGACACUGUCAUUGCGGCGGACGAAGCAGCUCUAUGCGACAAUAAUAUGAUUAGCACAGAAGCGCGGGCACGGCUGGACGACCUCAAACAACGGAUCAUCAAUCGAGGAUUGGAUCCUGAGGAAUUCCCAUUUCGAUUCAAGGAGAUUGCCUGCCGGGAUGAGGGACGAUUCAAUCUACCAUCGCCGUGGGAAGAAAACCCAAGCGGAAACGAUUCAUCUAAGAGCGCAAGUGAAUCCAAACUCCAGGCAAUGAUGAUGGACGACAUGGUGCGACCUAUUCUGGACAGUAUGUGGGGCAAGGACGGUCAGUACUACUUGGCAGAGAGUGGCGUGUUGGUCAGCGAACCAGGAUCGCCGUCACAACCGUGGCACCGGGAUGCUUGCGAGGAAGGAUCAGUGCACGUAUUGUGUCCUUUAUUGACGACUGGAGAAGGACAAGAAGUGGGCCCUGUAGAGCUCUGGCCGGGGUCACAUGCACCGGCAGGCAAAGACACUACAAGGCCGACAAUCCCAUUGCUCCAAAAGGGCCAAAUUAUGCUGACAGAUUCUAGAAUGCUGUACCAAUACCGGAAGAACACUUCGGAAGAGAAACCUUUGGUUUGGGGAUACGCGGUUUGGCAAAAAGGGAAUCUGCGGGCUGGUCAGCAGUCGGGUGGUUUGACUCUGGAAUAUGACUGA